AUGAUGUUCCGGACAGCACUAGUGGCGGCACUCGUAUGUGGCCUUGGCGUACACCUGGUACAGUCGCACCCCGGAUCGAAAUCGCAGGUUAUCGAACUGGACGAAUCCAAUUGGGACCGUAUGCUUACGGACGAGUGGUUGGUGGAGUUCUAUGCACCAUGGUGUCCUGCCUGCAAAAGUUUGGCCCCCAUCUGGGAUGACCUUUCAACGUGGUCGGACGAUUUGAACAUCAAAACCGCGAAGGUGGAUGUGACGUCAUCACCGGGUUUAAGUGGCAGAUUUUUCGUCACCGCCCUACCAACGAUUUUCCACGUAAUCAACGGCGAAUUCCGCCAGUACAAGGGACCACGCGACAUGAACUCGUUCAUGUCGUUCAUCGAGGAAAAGAAGUGGGAAACGUUGGAGCAGGUAUCGGCGUGGCGCAAUCCCGACUCGAUCCAAAUGUCGCUCGUGUCGCUGUUCUUCAAGCUUUCACACUUCCUGAAAGAGUUGAAUACGAUGCUGCUGAAGGAAUACGGUAUGCCCGUGUGGGGAUCGUACACCCUAUUCGGAAUCGGCACGGUACUGCUCGGCGCCAUCUUCGGAUUGAUACUGGUAUGUAUUAUCGACUGUCUAUUCCCACCCAAAUCCGGCCAGCGGCAAAGCUUCUCCGAGCACAAGCAGAAGGUGCGGGCCGAAAAGGUACCGGAAGAGUUGCGUGGUGAUGAGCUGGUGGAUGAGGAUGAGGAAAAGCGAACCGCCGACGAUGACGGCGAAUAUGACGAUGAGGAGGAAAAUGGCGAAGCGGAGGAAAAGGAAACAUCCGAGGGUGAAAAAUUCUCUGGCAGCGACGAUUCGGAUGAUGAGGAACCGACGGUCGCCCCUACGGAAGAGAAGCAACAGGAUACGGAUAAGAAACCGCAUCCCGAACCGGUCGCGGAAGAGAAGAAGGAAAAGACUACCACUAGCCCAGACGUGAGAAAACGCAAACCAAGAAAGGCGGACUAA